AUGACCUUUUCCUCGCACCGCUUACACUCAUCGAAGCCGCAUUUGAAUGGUAAAGCAACUGCGCUCACGCGCUUUGUGGACGAGAACGGCGUGACUCGUUGUGGCCAGCGCACAGAUGACGGCUCUACUGCUCUGCUCGUGGAGAAUGAUGAUAUAUUGGGCUCUCUACUUUUCACAGGAGAAACUGCUACCGUCGCAAAGAUUUUAGCGCCUGUAGUGCCAUCGCAGAUCCUGGGUAUCGGCCUUAACUAUCGCAAACACGCUAAGGAGACGAAUAUGCCAGAACCAAAGUACCCUGUGCUCUUCACCAAGGGUGUCAAUUCCUUACAGCACCCACAUGACCCAGUGGUCAUUCCUCGUGUUGCCUCAGACCCUCCUGAGGUAGACUUUGAGUGCGAGCUUGCAGUUGUAUUGAACAAAGCUGCUUGUAAUGUAACCGAAGAAGAAGCGCUGACGUACGUCGGUGGUUACACUUGUGCAAAUGACAUUUCAGCUCGUCGAUGGCAGGGAAAGAAAGGUGGAGGUCAAUGGUGUCGUGCUAAGACAUUUGAUACGUUUUGUCCGCUGGGUCCAGAACUUGUGACGCCUGAAAUCAUUCCAGAUCCGCAGACACUCGAGAUCGCCACCUACCUUAAUGGUGAACAGGUGCAAAAGUCAAACACAGGCGACAUGAUUUUUUCGGUUGCGCAGCUAAUUAGUCAGCUGUCUCAAGAUUGCACUUUGCCGAAAGGCACACUGAUCCUUACUGGAACUCCUGAGGGUGUUGGUGUUGCUCGCGACCCACCGCUUUUCCUUACUCCAGGCGACAUGGUAGAGGUUGAGAUUGACCGCAUUGGAAAACUUGUGAAUCCUGUUGUUGGGGCUUCAGCUUUGUAA